UUUUCAUUCCUUUCAAGACUGACAACCCGAGUUGGACAGUGAAAGCAAUCUGGCCGAGUGACAAAAACGUCUGUUACCGAAGGGUAACGAAGUCAUGCUGUGUGCGCGCAGAGCGGGGGAGCAGUGGACGUUCCCUUCCCGCCGCUGGUGGCCCGCUCGCCCUAACCUGCGGCGCGAGAUCCGCGAAGCGGGUCCGCGUCCCAAUCGCCCUCGCGUCUCCUUUUCGAACGGCGGUCUGGGGGUUACGUCAGACACAAGCGGAAAAGUGCAGGGCAAGCAAAUAAGCUUCUAAGGAGCUAUUCGCAGGCAUUACUGCCGAACCCCGGUAAGACCGCUCACGGCUCAACGAUCAAUGCCAUUACAAAGCAAACCUAUAAAGCAACAUGUGGUAAGUCAUCUCUUUUACUGCAAAUUUCGGCAAUGGGGAUGCCACCGCUCUAGCUGACACGGCUGCUUUCAGUAGUUGCCAUAAAUGCGCAUGAAUAACGGAUGCAUACGCUACUAACUUUUCUCACAGGUGAAGUAACGUGACAUGGUGAAACAUUUACGAUUUUUGGCUUUUUUAGUUCUUUUUUUCUUCUUCGUUUUUGAUUAAAUUUUGUUUUGUAUUUUUUAUUUUAUUUUUUUAUUUUCAUUUGAAAACAAUAUGCCACAUGCGCGAAACAGGAACCCGAGCCCCAUCCCAGAAGUAACAUGGGACACGGGACUGAAGGAAAUGAACGAAACUUGGAAGGGGGCGAUCGCUUGUCUCGGCGUUGCCAUCUUCUUCGUUAUGACCAUCGGGAUCAUCUAUUGGCAAGUGGUGGAUCAGCCCAAUAAAAACUGGAUCCUAAGAGGGGGUUUCAGCGGACUGAUAUGGGAGAGACGGACACAUUCUCUGGUCAUACAGACACUGACCGAAGACAAAACCUUUGUGGAGAUUGACGUGGGGAACGUGGAAACGUCCGACACGGAGGUUCCCUUCGUGAGAAACCUUUGCUGGCUUAACAAGACCGAGUUCUGUUACACAUGGGAUUCGAUGGCAGACGUAAAGAUAGCUCUGGAAUCGGAUGACACGUCGGAGACGGAGUGCUAUAGCAUAGUAUGGACAGCCCUCCAUUGUCAAGUGGAUCUGAAGGACUGCUUCUCCAUGACCAACGUGUCGUGGUACGGCGGCGCGAGCCUUCACGCGCAGAGCUGGCCCAUCAACGGCGCCAACACGUCCAUGCAGCCCUUCACCGUCAGCGACCUGCGGGAGAACCCCACCGGAUACGGGUCCGUCCUGGAGCGCUACUUCCUGGGCUCGUCAGGUGUGGCGGUGCUGGUGGACCCGGCGGUGCCCCUGCAGGUGGGGUUCGAGAGCCGCACGCAGUUCUGCCUGCGGGCGGCGCCGGGCAUGGCGCGGCAGCCCCUGCGCUACACGGUGUGCGUGGGGCGGGACCUCCGGGCCGUCCAUCAGGAGGUGGGGAGCAAGCUCCACCCCCACAGGCGCGCGCUGCCCAACCUCAGCAUUUUACGGCUGCCCUUCUGGAAGCUCCUCACAAAGGUGGACUCGGGUGCGAAGGUGGAGAGGGAGCUGAGGACCUUCUCCAACCGUCUGAAGAGGCACCAGCUGGGGGACGGAGUCAUCAGCCUGAACGAACAUUCCACAUCCCUCCUGUCCCACACGGACCAUGAAUAUGUCUCUGGCAGGAGGAGGACCUCUAAGAGGCAGGCCAGGACCCUGCCGAUGGUGCGGCUUCUGAACAUUUCCGUCACGCUGUCCCCGUACCUGAGCGUGGACUCCCGGCAGUUCCAGACCUCUCUGCAGGACGGUACGGAGGGGUACUGGCUGAGCGUGCCUACAGCGCCCCACGGACACCCGAUUCCGCUGUUGACCCAGUGGGAGGGGAAGUUCUGCGUGAAACUGAACCUCUCCAACGCAGCGGCGGUCAGCUGGCUGCUGGACCGGGUGGAGGGCCUGCAGUCCCAGCUGGACGCGGAGUACGUGAUUCUGGAGGGCGGGGAGGGGGCCCCCUCGCCGGAACGGGGGCCGCGCCUCCCCAAAGCCGCGGCCGGAGACCAGUACAUCCGGCUCCUGGCGGCCGUGGCGGCCAAGAUGGGGGCCUCCACCGUGGUUACCGCGGGAACAAGGUCCAGCGACGUCCCGCUCUUUAUCCGAAUGGCCCCGCUGCGGGACGACUGGACCUACUCCGGCCUGAAAGGGUUAAUCCCGUCCGUCCUGCACUACAGCCUGAUGGGGUACAGCUUCUUCCUGCCUGAUGCAGUAGGGGGCUCGCUGAGCAGCGACUUCGUCAGCGAUGAGGAGCUGUUCAUCCGCUGGCUGGAGAUCGCCUCCUUCCUGCCCGUCAUCACCUUCCACACGCCGCCGUGGGUGUGCGGCGAGGACCGGGUGCUGAACCUGACGCGAUUCUACAUAGCCAAGCACCAGGACUUUGUGGUUCCGCUCAUAGUGAAGUACGCCACCCAGUGGCAGGAGGACCGAAGUCCCAUAUACCGGCCCCUGUGGUGGCUCAGUCCCGACGACCCCUUCACCCACACCAUCGACGACCAGUUCCUGAUCGGAGAUGAAGUGCUCGUGGCGCCCGUGACAGAGAGGGGGGCGCUCCAGAGGGACAUCUAUCUCCCGGGAGAGGAGCUCCAGUGGCAGGACGCCCGCGACGGUCGAGUGUUCGACGGGGGGACGCUCCUGGAGGACUACCCGGUCGGCCUCGACGAAGUGCCCGUUUUCACCAGGAGGGAGUCCUGA